AACACAUUGACAACACACGAUGAAUGAACGGCAUCGUGCUUCGUUGUAGUUGUAGACUAGACUAGCCUUGCUUUCUUGCAGGAUUUUGGCGCAUGGAACCUAUCGGCGUCUCCCUGAAUCGCGUUUUUCUGUUCUAAACUGCAAACUGAUAUGAUCAGAUAAAUUUUUUUUAAAAAAAAGCAGUACUCCAGUAACUACUAGUAAUUGGCAACCUACAAUCCUGGCCGUCCGUUCCGUUGACCGAUGAAUAUCAAAAACAGGCGAUUCGCACUUCCCAUUCCCAUUGCCAUCGCCAGCGCAUACAUCGUAUCCAACAGCCGCAAACCCUUCCUUUCUUCUUCGUCUCGUUGGUGUCCCCUCUGAUCCGCGCUGGCACAGAACCCAUUGCUGGACCUUCCAAACCCUAGCGGAGCCACGCGCUGAAUUUCGAUGCGAUGAUCGUGCGCACGUGAGGCGGCACUAUGAUGAACACAGCUAACGGCACGAUGAUGUCACCGUCGUCUUCGUCGGUAACGGCGCAGUCGCCGGGACUGAAGACCUAUUUCAAAACCCCCGAGGGGAGAUAUAAGCUUCAUUACGAGAAGACUCACCCUUCCGGUCUUCUUCAUUACGCCCAUGGCAAAACCGUUACUCAGGUAACCCUGGCACAUCUCAAGGACAAGCCUGCGCCUUCUACCCCAACUGCGUCCUCGUCGUCAUCAAGUUUCAGUGCCAGCAGUGGGGUACGGUCAGCGGCAGCUAGAUUGCUGGGAGGAAGCAACGGAAGCCGGGCACUUAGUUUUGUUGGAGGCAACGGUGGCAGCAAGAGUAAUGGAGGAAAUACUAGGAUUGGUUCGAUUGGUGCUUCAAGUACAAGUAGUGCAAUGGCGAAUCCGAAUUUUGACGGGAAAGGAACUUACUUGAUCUUCAAUGUCGGAGAUGCAAUUUUCAUUAGUGAUUUGAAUUCACAAGACAAGGACCCCAUAAAGUCUAUUCACUUCAGUAACUCGAAUCCUGUGUGCCACGCAUUUGAUCAGGAUGCUAAGGAUGGGCAUGAUUUGCUCAUUGGUUUGAACUCUGGUGAUGUCUACUCAGUGUCAUUGAGACAGCAAUUACAGGAUGUUGGUAAAAAGCCUGUCGGGGCCCUGCAUUACAACAGAGAUGGUUCUGUCAAUAACAGUCGUUGUACUUGUAUUGCUUGGGUUCCUGGAGGCGAUGGUUCUUUCGUUGUUUCUCAUGCUGAUGGGAAUUUGUACGUAUAUGAAAAGAACAAAGAUGGCGCUGGUGAUUCUUCUUUCCCAGUUGUAAAGGAUCAAACUCAGUUUUCGGUUGCCCAUGCACGUUACAGUAAGAGUAAUCCUAUAGCGAGAUGGCAUAUAUGCCAGGGUUCAAUUAAUAGUAUUUCUUUCUCGAUGGAUGGGGCAUUCUUAGCAACUGUUGGGCGAGAUGGUUAUUUACGAGUGUUUGAUUACUCAAAAGAACAACUUAUAUGUGGCGGGAAAAGUUAUUAUGGUGCUUUGUUAUGUUGUGCUUGGAGCAUGGAUGGAAAAUAUAUUUUGACGGGAGGGGAAGAUGAUUUAGUUCAAGUUUGGAGCAUGGAAGAUCGCAAGGUUGUGGCAUGGGGUGAGGGACAUAACUCAUGGGUCAGUGGAGUUGCUUUCGAUUCAUAUUGGUCAUCUCCAAAUUCAAAUGACAAUGGAGAGACUAUUAUGUAUCGUUUUGGUUCUGUUGGUCAGGAUACACAAUUGCUUCUAUGGGACCUGGAAAUGGACGAGAUUGUAGUGCCCUUGAGACGGCCACCUGGUGGAUCCCCAACUUACAGUACUGGAAGUCAGUCAUCGCACUGGGACAAUGUUGUACCAUUAGGUACCUUGCAACCUGCUCCGAGUAUGCUGGAUGUUCCAAAAAUCUCACCGUUGGUUGCUCACCGUGUGCAUACUGAACCACUCUCUGGCUUGAUAUUUACCCAGGAAUCUGUGCUUACUGCCUGCCGGGAGGGGCAUAUUAAAAUCUGGAUGAGGCCAGGGGUUGCUGAGAGCCAAUCUAGCACCUCUGAAAACUUGUUAGCUACCAAUCUCAAGGAGAAGCCUUCACUUUCAAGCAAGAUCAGCAGCAAUUCUAGCUACAAGCAAUGAUUAAAUCUUAAUCUAAAGGGAAUUUUAAGCAAUUUUUUUAUAUGGUUUGUUUAUCUUUAUCCAGUUGGUUUCCUAGUUUUAACAUAGUGAUUCAAGUAAAGAUGAACCAACUGGUCUAUUGUAUAUUCAGUUAUUCACGGAUGAGCAUGCCAUUGAUGGCACUGAGGAUGGGAGAGAGAGUUCUCUCCAGCUGCCUGCUGUAAUUAUAAAACGGCUGUUAUUAGGAUAAUCUGAUUAGUGAUUACAGGAAUAAUGUGAAAAUUGGUCCUUGGAGAUCGGUACUUUUGAAGUUCAUACAUACAAGCCAUUAUUUAUUGUGUUGGCAUUUAA